CCGGCUUUGCUGUUCUUCGAUUUUAUUUGUAAUUGAUUCCAAUUUGGAGAUAAUUCGAUAUUUUGUUUAAAGAAAUCGUUGAAAUUGUUUAUUUACUAUGGAUCCCAUAUUGGGCCGUUCUCAAUUUCUUAGUGAAACUGUAAACUUGUUUACAGAUGAAAAGACUGCUAAUGCCAGAGCUCGUGUUGUGGAAUGGAUGAAUGAAAUCAAUACUUCGGAACCGCAAAUAAAAUGUGAACUGCUGGUAAAAAUCCAAGAAACCAUUAUGGGUUCUUGUGUUGAACUUUUGGAGGAGUUUUUAGAACACAUUUUAUCUUUGGCUCAUGACACCAACAUGGAUGUGCGCAAACAGGUGGUGGGCUUUAUGGAACAAAUAUGCAAAGUAAAAGUUGAGUAUUUGGGUCAAGUGGUCAAUGUUAUAUCCAUGCUGUUGCGCGAUCGUAGUCCCCAAGUUAUCAAGCGUGUUAUACAGGCCUCGGGAAGCAUUUAUAAAAAUGGUUUGCAAUGGAUUUGCAAUCAACAGGAAAUGACCGAUAGUUGUGAACAGGCCUGGAACGUAUUAAGUUUGAUUAAGGCCCAAAUUCUCGAUCUUAUUGACAAUGAAAACGAUGGCAUACGUACAAAUGCCAUCAAGUUCCUGGAGGGUGCUGUGGUGUUGCAAAGCUAUGCCGAUGAAGAUAGCCAAAAGAGGGACAAUGAUUUCUCCUUGGAAAAUGUGCCGGAGAAUCUCAAAAUUAUUAAACGCAAAAAGCUGGAAGAAGAAGCUUUUAAUAUUUUUGAUAUUCUAUUGAAAUUUCAUGCAGCCACACAUAUUUCCUCGGUGAAUUUAAUAGCGUGUACGGGUAGUCUUUGCACUAUAGCGAAAUUAAGACCCAGCCUUAUGAGUCAUGUGAUUGAGGCGUUUAAGAGUUUAAAUUCAAAUUUACCACCCACCCUGACAGAUUCACAAGUCAGUUCGGUGAAAAAGAGCUUGAAAAUGCAAUUGAUUGCCUUGCUCAAGAAUAAGGGUUCCUACGAGUAUCAGUCGGUUAUAAAACAUUUGCUAAUCGAUUUGGGAGCUUCUCAGGGUGAAGUACAAAGAGCUGUACCCAAAAUGGAUAAACAAGAACAAAUGAGGAGACAGAAGCGUAUUUUGGAUAAUGCCACCACCAAUUUACACAAGAAAAUGCGUUUGACAAAACCUCAAUAUUUGGAAGAGGACAGCCAGGAGAUGGUGGUGGAUGAGGAAGAGCUGGAAAAGCAAAAACAAAAAUCUACCAAAGUUAAUGAGAAAUUUCUGACUGAACAUCUAAGGUCCACUAAUACAGUAGUUAAUCUGGUGGUGGAGUAUUUGCCUAAACUGCCGGAAACAGUGCCAGACAGCUUUUUAAAGGAAUAUACACCCAUCAAAGAUUUAUCUAUAGCCCAACAGGUGUCCAAAAUAUCCAACUUAUUGGGGCAACAAAUGACUGAACAAAAAAUAGGCCCUGGUUCGGCAGCCUUUACAAAAGAUGUGCCCAUGAAGGUGUUGAUAAAAGACAAACCUCCCAGCAAUAAACCCAGCGAAGAAGUAAUGGAUAUAGAUGAGCCCUCUGUGUCGGAACCCGCACCCCUGGAUGAUGAACAGGUGCGUAAGGAAGAGGCAACUAAAAAGUUAAGGGAAAAUAUGGAACGUUUAAAGGGCGAACAAGAACUAAUCGAACGUAUGAAACAAAAAGCCAAAGCUUUAAAAUUACAAGAAGUCACCAAGCCAUUCACUAGACCGCAAAAGGAAAAAUUCCUAAUGGAUGCGGUUAAACGUAUACUGCAUGCCGAACGUCAGUGUAUAGUGGGCGGAGUGUCAGCUAAAAGAAGAAAAAUUUUAACUGUUAUGGCAGCCACAUUCCCCGAUAAUGUACGCUACUACAUAUUCGAAUUUAUCAUGAUGGAUAUAAAGCAACGCAUUGAUUUGGCCUUUUCAUGGUUGUAUGAAGAAUAUUGUCUAUUGCAGGGAUUCACUAGACAUUCCUAUGUUAAAUCCGAAAAUCGUCCAGAUCAUGCCUACAAUGAGCUGUUGGGACAAAUCAUUAUGGGCAUUAUAAACAAAUGUGAGUUAAGAGACAAAAUUCUAUUGCUAAGGAGAGUGUAUUUAGAAGCUCCCCUAUUGCCCGAUGAAUGCUUAAAACCUUUAUUAAAAUUGAUACUUGUUGCUGAGUAUUCCUCGUAUGGUUUGGAUUUACUAAAGGAAUUGGCUAUAUUAAGACCACCACGUAAGGCUAAAUUUUUAAGGCAUCUUUUAAACUUUGGCGUACACGAACGCGUGGACAUAAGAGAUAAAGCUUUGGAGCACAUAAUAACACUGUACAAUAGUCAGAAAUUAUUAGCGCCCCGUAUAGAUGAAUUUGCUUUAGAUUGGGCUUCAUAUUUGGAGAAGGAAAUACCUCCAGCUGCAAUUUAUGGCGAGGAAUAUGGUAGACCCAAUGUAGAAACAGCCUGGAGGGAAGAAAUUGCCAAAACCUGUCUCAUUAUGCUAUUGACAUUGGCUCCCCACAAUGCUAAAACGUAUUUGGAAAAAUUAACACAAAUUUAUAGCAACACCUCGGCGGAUUUGAAACGCACCAUUUUAAGAUCCAUAGAUCCGGCCAUUAAACAAUUGGGUGCUGAAAAUCCUUUACUAUUGAAAUUAAUAGAGGAUUCUCCCAAGGGCUGCGAAACCUUAAUCAUACGUAUUAUUUACAUACUAACCGAAAGACAAGUAGCGCCCGCCCACGAACUGGUGCUUAGAGUUAAGGAGUUGUACCACAACAAAAUUAAAGAUGUGCGUGUUCUGAUACCCAUCCUAAGCGGUUUAACGCGUCAAGAAAUUCUCACAGCUUUGCCAAAAUUAAUAAAACUUAAUCAGGUUGUAGUUAAGGAGGUAUUUAAUCGUUUGCUUAGCAUAGGAGCAGAGUUUGCCAACCAAACCAUGGCCACCACACCCACAGAAAUAUUGGUGGCUUUGCAUACCAUUGAUAUCAGUGAGUGUGAUUUGAAGUGCAUUGUCAAGGCCACGUCCAUGUGUUUGGCCGAAAAGGAAGUAUUCACACAAGAUGUACUCGUUAGUGUUCUACAGCAACUGGUGGAAAUUGUACCCAUACCCACACUUUUAAUGCGCACCGUAAUACAAAGUUUAACAUUAUAUCCCCGUAUGGCUAAUUUCGUUUUAAAUCUAUUGCAACGUUUAAUACUGAAACAAGUGUGGCGUCAGAAAGUCAUAUGGGAAGGAUUUUUAAAGUGUUUGCAACGUUUGAAACCCACCUCACUGCCCGUAAUGUUGCAUCUACCGCCACAACAACUGAUAAAUGCUUUAGAGCAGUGUCCCGACUUAAGACCACUUUUGAUUGAAUAUGCCGAAAGUAUAAAGGAAGAGCCCAUGUCGGGUAUAACACCACAAAUAAUGGACAUAAUAACGGGCAAAGCUGUAGAUGUUUUUAUUACGGAUGAUACGGGAGGUUUUAUUUCUGUGGAAAAUAUUAAAAAGGAAAUUGAGGAACCUAUGGAAAUUUCCACUAUUUCUACUGUUACCACUGUACCCGUGCCCUUGCGUGUUCGUUCUCCAGGUGCUCAAUCCGCCGCAGCUGUUAUACAUGAUGUUAAUCAACCUUUGCCUCCAGGAGAGGAUUAAAUUUUAAGAUGGGAUUUAUAGUUUUUUUUUUUAAUUUUUUAAAUGGCUUUUAGAAUUUUCUAUAUUUUAAUUUUUGCACUUUCGAGAAAAUGCAAAAUUUUAUUUUAACACAAUAAAAUAAAUUUGCAUUUUAAACUGUUUACUAAUAAUUCCACAAUAAAAAUUACAGCAAUGAAAUUAAA